AUGGAGGAUGACCGGGAAGUGCCUGCGGACGAUGCAUUCUUAGCCCAAGCUCCAGGAACCCCUGUCCUGCCAUUGGUGAACAAUCCAGGACUGGCUAACCUCACAUUAGACAACGAGGAUGGCAUUUUUUUGUCCAAGAGUUGCCAGGUAUUGACCAAUGAUGAUGGUCAAACAAUUGUACUCUGGACUCUCAAGUACUGCUAUGACCAAUUUGUAAACUUAGGUGAACAGCGCAAACUGAACAAGUGGUGCAAAAGCCUUCGAGAUACAGUCAUUAAUAGUGGCUUGUGGCCUUCUUUCGAUUCUGGUGUUGAUUUCAGAUUGCGAACUGAUGCCAGUGACCAAGAUUCAAUGGCGUCGACAAAGGCACUGUUGUCAUUUUUCUUUCUUUAUUCCAAGGCAUCUGCAACUGGUGGUAGAAAUAAGGACAUGCAAACGCAUGUCAUCAAGAGGGUUGAAAAACUUUGCGAACGGGCUGUCAGUGUGGAUGUUCAGGAUUUCCUGGACUUGGUUGGUGUGAACGAAUCAUUUUUGGAGAUGACGCCGCCUUUGACAGGCCGUAUUUCUGUUAGCCGAGGUGGCCGUAUCAUUGGCCUGUUGGACAAGUUGUCGAAUCUUCAUUCUACAAGUGCUGAUGCUUGGAAGACUGUUUGGAAGUCAAUGCAUGAAAAUGACAUUCUUUGGUCUGAACUCGAAGCUGAAGUUUCUCUGAGAGACUUGACAAUGUUUGUAUUACAGGCAGACAAUUUCAAGCGGGCCCAUGCUACAAAAACAUGGUCCCCACAGCGACCAACUGGACAAGCAUUGACAGCAAUGGUCCGAUCAUUGAUUGUUUUUUUGUCAAACCGACUUGAAGUGUCUUUGCGCGUUUACCAGCAGACUCAUGACACAGCCCGAGCUGCGCCGGCAAGACAUUUCAGAAGGCAAGAUGGCACAAAACGGACCAGCAUGUCAUUGGAUGCAAUUUGGGAGACAUUGAAUGCUGAUGAUAGUGGUGUCUCAGCUAGAGACUCUCUGAAAGUUCAAAAGAAUCCCAGGCUGUCAAACAGUGGUGGUUCGUCAGAGAGCAGCAUCGACUUCUGGAUCCGUAAGGUCGCCCAAAUGCAUGAUGAUCAAGUGAAUCUGAGUUUGGUUGGUGCAUAUCACUUCAACAUGGUCAGCGAUGCUUCAACACAUGCUGGUGGCAAGAAUAUUCUGGUCUCGUUGCUUUGGACGCACGAAAAUGCGACUGCAUUGUUUGCCAAUUUGCAAAUGACCUUGCCUGGCAAAGAAAUUGCCCCAGAUGAAUGGAAUUUGGAAUCGUUAGUCGAGGCCCUGGCCAAGGAGAGGUCCCUGAACCGCAAGUGCAAAUGUGCAUUCCUGGCUCAGCGAACUGGUGGUCCACUGUCCCAAUGUUGGUGUUGCAAAUGGAUCAAGGGAGCCCAGGCUGUGCAGGAAGUGCGUGACCUGGACUUGAAUUUGCUCAGUGGCACUUGA